AUGAGACCAUUUCUUUUGCAGGUGACAUCAAAUCCUUUGCAAGGAUUACAGUCAUGUCCCAUAAUCAAUUACCAACAAAAUUACGUCAAUGCUGACCAAUUAGCUAGAGCAUCAAGCUUUGAUGCUUACCCACAGCAAUUAUUUUAUCCUAAUCAGUGGCCAUCACCGCAAAAUAUUCCAAAUUUAUAUCAGGAUCAAUCUAAUAGAUAUUAUGACAAUUUUCUCAUCAAUGUUAUACCUAACGCACAAAUAGAUACUAAUAUACCUAUGUAUAGUCAAAAUGGUUUCGAGGUAAUGCAAUACCAACCGAAUCUAAUGGAAAGUUCACCACAAUUAAUGAACAAUUAUAUUAUUGUACCUGAAAAUUAUUUAAACGAUCAACUAUUUGAUAAUAGAAGAAAUGUUUAUGUACCGUCUACAUUAAAUGGGUAUACGAAUGAAAACAUGUGGAUACCCAGAAAUUCUAAUCCAAUUAUAAAUUAUUAUGAUCCAGUACAGAAUCCAGUUGCUUACAUAGGGAAUAAUGGCAAUCAAAAUAUAAAAUCAACACAACAAUCUAAUACGGAAAUAUACAAACAGUUUAGGGAUAGAAAUGAGAACGAAAAAGAAAGUAUUGAACGUAAAUCUUCUAAGAAAAAUCGUAAGAGAAAAAAGAACACAACCAAGUCAUGUAAAAAUGAUGAAAAUCAAGGAACGAAAUCUAAAACUAGUAAAUCAAAUAAGGAUUCAAGCUUACUCACACGCCAAACUGAUAUAAGUAAUCAAAAAUUCAAAGCUAAUAAUAACACCAAAAACAACAAACCAAAAACUCAACGUAGAUCAAAAUCUAAUAAGAUAAUUGACGAGAAUACAGAAGCAAAAGAUAUUACAGUAAAAGAUUGUGCCUUAAGGCAAGAUUUCAAUGAAUGUUUGGACAUAAACGAAGAUUGUACAAGUCUUGAAAAUCGCUUCCCUCGUAAUAAUAAUAAAAACAACCAAGUUCAAACAUUUCAACAACAAUAUCCAAAUGUGCCACAAGAUUUCACUAAUAAUAUUGCAUCUUAUUUAGCUAACUUUAUGCCAAAUCAAAACUUCAAUGCAAACUUAUUUAAUGGAAACGGAAAUUUUCCCUAUAAUUUUGAUUAUUUAUAUCAAAUGCCACAGCAAUCUAACGUAAAUUCUAACGAAAAUGAUAGAAGACGCAGGAAUAGAAGAAGAAAGAAAAAAUCAAAAUCUAACCGACAAUCAAAUACUAGCCAAAGUUCAAACAAACAACAAAAUAAUGAAGAUAAUUGUAACAAAGUGGUAGAACUAUCAACAAAAUCAGCUGAAAUAAAUACCAUGACAGGAUCAAUAUCAUAUCAAGACAAAAACAAUAAAUGUGAGCAAGAGAAGAUUAUUGAAAAUAAGAAAAAACAGAGAUCUAACAGAAAGCCAAAUACUGACCAAAGUUCAAACAAACAACAAAAUAUUGAAGAUAAUUGUAACAAAGUAGUUGAACUAUCACCAAAAUCAUUAGAAAGAGAAACCUUAAUAGAACCAAUACCUAAUCUUAUUACAAAUAAGAAAAAUCAGAAGCAAGUUAUAGAAGUAAAAACAACAGAAAAAACUUAUUUAGAUAUUAUUAAUGAACCAAAUACUGAAAUAGUUCUUGAACCUUCGAUUACUUUACUUCAAAAACAUGAUUUAAAUUCAGAAGUUUUAAACGAUGAAGAUAUUCCCAAUGUCUAUGAUAAUGAUAUUUUCGACGAUUAUUAUCCAGAUUUUACAUCAGAUAGUAUUUAUUUAAGUAAAGAAGAUCACGAUUGGAAUUUUCAUGAUCGACAUUAUUACACCUCUGAUAACAAUGCUGAAAUGAGCACAGAAAGACGACGAUAUGAACCAAAUGCACGACGAAGUCUUGAAAAAAAACAAUUUGAUACUACAGAAACGGUACCAAAACACAACUCGGAUAAUAUAAGGGAAAUGAAGGCAUUGACUGAAGAAACAAAUUUUAAAACACCACCUGGGCUAGAAUUUCCAGAUUUUAAAACUGAAAUGAUAAACAAAAAUAAAUAUAGUCCUAAAACUGAUAUCAAUUUUCAGCCUAAUGCUAAUAAUAAUUACCAAAGUGACAAAAUAUCAGCGUUUUCGAAUGUAAAAACUUCGGGAAACAAAAACAAUAAUAUUUUAGACAACACAGUUGAAACUGUUUAUGCACGUUCUAAAGUGGUGAAGUAUGGUGGGUCAGAACCUCACGAAAAAAUAAGUAGGAAAUCUAGUAACAUAAACAAAAAUAACAAUGUUACUAACAAUGACAAAGCAACAAUUAUUGUAGCUGAAUCUGUGGAUAGUCCUGAAAGUUAUAAA